AUUCUCUCUUUUCUUCCCUCUCUUUUGCUUUCGCUCUUUCUUUCUUUUCUUUUCUUUCUCUCCCCUUUCCCUCCCCCACAGCCCCCCCGUCCUCCCCACGUCGCUUCUUUUUUUUUAUUACCCCUCUCCACUCUACCUUUUAAUCAACCAGCCAUGUCUGAUUUCGCCGAGACCGAGCCCAUCCAGAAGAUCGCCCCCCAGACCUCUGCUGUCAAGUCCUUCUUGUCCGGAGGAUUCGGUGGUAUUGCUGCUGUCCUCGUUGGCCACCCCUUCGACCUGGCCAAGGUCCGCAUCCAGACCAGCGCCAAUGGCACCUACACUGGUACCCUUGAUGUGUUCAAGAAGACCUUGAAGGCUGAUGGUUUCCGCGGUCUGUACCGCGGCAUGGCCACCCCUCUCGUCGGAGUGACGCCCAUCUUCGCAGUCUCUUUCUGGGCCUACGAUCUGGGCAAGAAGAUUGUGUACGCAGCCACCCCUAGCCGCGCAAGCCAAGACCUGACCAUUCCCGAGCUUGCCUUUGCCGGUUUCUUCUCUGCUGUCCCUACCACCCUUUUGAUGUCCCCCAGCGAGCGCAUCAAGGUCGUUCUUCAGACCCAGGGCUCGGGUGCCAACAAGCUGUACAAUGGACCCGUUGAUGUCGUCCGUGCCUUGUACAAGGAGGGCGGUCUUGCCUCCAUCUUCCGUGGAACUGGUGCCACUCUCCUUCGCGACGGUCCUGGAUCUGCCGCCUACUUUGUUGCCUACGAGUUGAUCAAGAAGGGCCUCACCCCUGCCGGUGGCGAUGCCUCGGACUUGAACCUUCUUACUGUUCUGUUUGCUGGUGGUAUGGCUGGUGUUGCCAUGUGGACCAUUGCUAUUCCCCCAGAUGUGCUCAAGUCCCGUCUCCAGUCCGCCCCUGCUGGUACCUACAAGGGAACUGGUGAUGUCCUCCGCAUCCUUUUGAAGACCGAGGGUCCCCAGGCCCUGUUCAAGGGUCUUGGACCUGCCAUGCUCCGUGCCUUCCCUGCCAACGCUGCCUGCUUCCUCGGAGUCGAGUACAGUCUGCGUGCCAUGAACAUGGUCUGGUAAAAGAUUUGAUUCUUUGCCGCAAGCUUAUUCUC